AUGGCAGGCGCCGGAGCGAGCAGCCGCGGGCGCGCUCCGCGGGGUCAUGACCCUUGGGCGCCGAAGCCGAAAGAAGGCGGCAUAUUCACGAAGUUGCUCAGGUGCUUCAUGCCGCAGCUGACGGAGUCCGGCGGGACUUCCUCGUCGACGCGUUACGACCGCCACCGCGCUCUGUCGAAGAUGCCGUCACAGAAGGGUGCCCCCCCGCGCGCCCUCUACCGCUCCAGGACCCUCGGCGCGACGCCGAUGUCUCGCGCGGACUCCCGGCGGCACAACCAGGGCCACUCGCAUCACCGGGUGUUCGACCAACUACCGUCAGCGCGGAGCCGCAACGGCAGACCGGAGCUGACCGCGUCGGCCUCCAUGCGCUCGAGCAGCCGCGCGCUAGACGCGAACCGCGGCUCGUCGCGACCCCGGUCGCGGCAACCGCGUUCGGCGGUGGGGGAGCUCCUGCAGCGGUUCGGCCGGGAGCCGCCCGGCAGGUUCGGCCGCACGCUGGACGCCUGGGCGGGCAGCGGAGCGCGCACGGAGCACAGGCGCCGCGAGCCGUCUCCCGAGAGUCGCUUCAGACGGAGCGCAUCAGCCAGGAGCCGCAGGGGCUUCGCGACGAUAGAGGCGCCCUCCGCCCGCGAGAUACGCGAGCGGCGGUCGUCCCGGCACCGCCUCGGCGCGACCUCGUUCCGCCAUCUGACCGCCACUGCUGUCGAGGAUGAAAUCGCGCGGAGGACGUCGGAGAUCGAGUACGAGAGGUUCACGGACGACGAGGAGGCGGAGCGGCCCGCGGUCAGCCUGGCCGCGCGGUCUCUGCGCAAGAUCCGGUCGGAGAACUACAGGUGA